CGAACUGCCUUUUCAGCUUCUGAUGUUUAUAAUGGAUAUGCAAACAUCAUCACCGCACCAUCUUGGCCAUGGGCUCGCCGGGUCGUCACUCUCACAUCAGCUUCAACACCGAAUAGUUCACCAUCAGAGCCCGAAUCUUCACAGUGCACAAGAACAGACACUCAACUCUGAGCACAAUCACAACUCGCAUCUGCAGCAUCAUCAACAUCAGUUGUCACAGCAUCAGUCUCAGGUCGAUACUCCUACAUUACACACUUUGCAGAGCAUUCCCAAUGACGGUGUGAGCCUGCUUCAUGAUCACCAACAGCACAACGUCUAUGUCCCACCGCAAAUAGAUGAAAAAGGAAAAAUGCCGAACAAGUUCGAUGAAUAUUCAACACGGAUAUUGAGUGCAACGCCGCCAAUUGUAAACAACAAUUUCAUGACAAAUACUCAGGGAGUCGAUGGAUGGAUGUCAGCUAUAAAUGAUGUACAAAACGGGGCAGAAGAUUCCCACAGUUCUCAAGGCAGUAUUUCAGGCGAUGGUCACGGAGGUGUUAAUCAAUUGGGAGGCGUAUUCGUUAACGGUCGUCCUUUGCCCGACGUCGUACGCCAGCGCAUUGUGGAGUUGGCUCAUAACGGCGUCCGUCCCUGCGACAUAUCACGACAGUUACGUGUGAGCCAUGGCUGUGUGUCCAAGAUACUAUCGAGAUAUUAUGAGACUGGUAGCUUUAAGGCCGGCGUCAUUGGCGGUUCCAAGCCAAAGGUCGCCACACCGCCCGUUGUGGACGCUAUUGCGAAUUAUAAACGCGAGAAUCCAACAAUGUUUGCCUGGGAGAUCCGGGACCGGUUAUUGGCCGAGGCAAUAUGCUCACAGGAUAACGUUCCAAGUGUUUCGUCAAUAAAUCGAAUUGUUCGCAAUAAGGCCGCGGAAAAGGCUAAGCAUGUGCAUCAUCAUCACCAAAAUCAGCAUCAUGUGCCACAGAAUCUCGGUCAUAAUAUUACCACAGAGAGUCUCGAUAGUAGCACCGGUACAAAUGGUGGAGAUCCGAUUCCACAGGCCUCAAAUAAUCCCAGUGCUAAUCAAAAUUGCGGUACUAAUAAUAGUAGUGCUAACUCCAAUCCCUCAAUACCCAUUCCCAUUUCCGCUCCCGAUUCCUCUGUCCCAGUUCCUAUAAUCUCAAUCCCGAUCCCCAAUGAUGCCGCAGCGAACGGGACAGCAACUGAACAACGCAACACCACGGGAUACAGUAUAAACGGAAUUUUAGGGAUUCAACAUCAUGCUCAUCACUCGCACAACAAUAACAACAACAACAACAACAACAACAACAGUAUCAACAAUAACAAUAAUGCAACACCAGAUCCGAAUUGUAAACGCAAAAGAAUCGAAGCCCAUGAUGAAAACCGAGACACAAAUACCAAUUCCGAGGAUGAAGGAAAACGUCAGCGGAUGGGCUAUAGCGGAGACCAGCUUUAUCAAAAUAUUUGGUCUGGAAAAUGGUGUAUCAAGGAUGAGCACAAACUUCUAGCGGAGCUGGGAAACCUAACAACAAGUUCCGGAACCGGAAAUUGCGCCACGGCACCCUACUAUGAAGCAGCAAAUGGAUUUUCUUCAGGCUCUCUUCCAGGAGCGGUGCCUGGACAUGGGCCAUCGGGCAGUGAUACGUCCAUGCUGUACGAUAGUAUCGCAACCAUUUCACAAAGUCAAGGAACACUAUAUACGCAAACUAUCGGACCAUCGCUGGGCGGCAGUUCGCUUACCCCUUUAGUUCCAAUAAAUAUGCAUGACAUGAAGAUAAGUACGAAUGCAAUGCAGGAACAGCAAGCAAUUGCUCCAUUUUACACAGCUUUAGCCUUCGACGGUAACUAUGCUCCAAUGGAAACUAGCUCAAAUUCAUCGGCAACGACGGGGAACAUAGUGUCCUUGUCUGAGAUCUCUCUGAAUACGAGGAGUCACGCCGAAAAUAUCAAAGAAACCAUUAACAACAACUGUGAUCGCGACGGCGAGGGAGAAAAGAAUAAGGACUCGAAAAAGCGUAUUAAUGAUGCUGCGGACCUUCAACAUGUCUCAGAAGAUCAGCUAAUGAAAGGAAGUCAAAAUUCUCAACAACCAAAUACCGUUACCCACACAUCCCUAAUACUUCUUCAGCCCGGUGGAGGGACUACCUCCGAUCGCUCAGACAUUGAGCCCAAUAAUCUGCGUAACAAUAUAAGUCUAUAUCCUCCGACUGCAGUGCUGCCAAGUUUCAAUCACUAUUCUGCAGGCAAGUCCCAAGUUUUAUCGCACAAGGAGGAUGGUCACCUUUGCACUAUUGAUAAAUUGCACACGACACCUGUUAUAGAACCCUAUUGCAAGCUGCGGGAGCUGUCUGCGAAUACUAUAUUCAAUUACCGCAAUCAGUCGGAUUAUUUUAAAAUGUAGCUUUAAGAUACAGUUGAUCGAUUCGCAAGAUAAAAUUCAGUUUAAGGCAAAGG